UGUUUGCUACAACAUCUGCUCGUGUCACAGGAAAAGAAAAGUGAUAAACAAUGGCAAGAACCAAGCAGACCGCUCGCAAGUCUACUGGCGGCAAAGCCCCCAGGAAGCAGCUCGCCACCAAAGCCGCUCGUAAGAGCGCCCCGGCCACCGGAGGCGUCAAAAAGCCUCACCGUUAUAGGCCCGGUACCGUGGCUCUGCGCGAGAUCCGCCGUUACCAGAAAUCCACCGAGCUGCUCAUCCGCAAGCUGCCCUUCCAGCGCCUGGUCCGCGAGAUCGCUCAGGACUUCAAGACCGACCUGCGCUUCCAGAGCUCUGCCGUUAUGGCUCUGCAAGAGGCCAGCGAGGCUUACCUGGUCGGACUCUUCGAGGACACCAACCUGUGCGCCAUCCACGCCAAGCGGGUCACCAUCAUGCCCAAAGACAUCCAGCUGGCUCGCCGCAUCCGCGGAGAGAGAGCUUAAGCUACUCGCUCGACUACAAACAACGGCUCUUUUCAGAGCCAAC